UGAAAUGCUGUCGUUAAUAUGGAGAGCCCUAGCAAGGUUGUUCAGGUUUUUCGACUCCCCUCAUAUAUUUUACCUACCCAACCCGAUCGGCUCUGGCAAUAAGAGUAACCAUGCGUUAGUCGGAUACCUGGAGAGUCCUGCCCUCGUAUGGGGUAAAUCUGACUUCAAACAUGGAGUUCCGCUAUUCCAGAGAGGUCGAUCCGACUGUCUACGAGACAGAUGGUCUUGACUACGGUAUUCCGCUACGUAUGCAUAACGACCAAUCCGAGGAAAUCAAAGGAACUCUGCGUGCUCAACGGGACUGGACGAAAUACAUCCAACCUGUUAUGGGCUACAAUGGAGGGCUCGGUGAUCCCUAUAGCUUCAUGUGCGUGACCGUUCCGGAAUGCCUGCCGGACAGGCUCGAGAUCAUUUCCUACGCCAACGAAUAUGCCUUUCUCUAUGACGAUUGGAUGGAAAGCUUUGACUUGAAAAAGGAUCUAGGAGAGAACGGUGGGUUUCUGGAAACCUUUGGGGCUAGCGCUCUUGAAGGCAAAAUCGACGCCAAAACUCGUCCCGAGAAGCGCCUUCAAUUGCAGCUUCUCUCUGAGAUGAUGGCCAAAGACCCAGAGCGGGCCAUCACUACGAUGAAGGCAUGGGCAGGAUUUGUCCAAUCUGCGUCGAAGACGAGAUCUUCGCCAUUUGAGACAUUGGAUCAAUAUAUGCCAGCACGAGCUAUUGAUGCCGGCGAAGGUAUCUGGUUCGGUACCCUGACUUUUGGUAUGGGCUUAACUAUCCCGGAUGACGAACUUGACUUAUGCAUGAAGCUCGCUAGACCGGCCUACAUAGCUUUAGGCUUGGUUAAUGAUCUCUAUUCAUGGGAAAAGGAACGUGCUGCAUCCGUCCAGGCGGGGCAUGACUAUGUUUUUAACGCUAUUUGGGUUAUUAUGAAAGAGAGGUCUGUAGGAGAAGAGGAAGCGAAGAAGAUAUGCCACGAGGAGACUAUCAAGGCCAUUUCAACGUACUGCCAGACAUUGGAGGAGAGGAGAAACGACUUUACCUUGUCUCAAGACCUCCGGACGUACCUCGAAGCUGUGCUGCUGAGUUAUAUCGGGAAUCUCGUCUGGAGCAUCUAUUGUCCUCGAUAUCGGGAUUUCUGAGUGGUGGGAAUAGAGCAUCUGUCAUGUUGCCGUCGGAAGUCGGGUGUACGUAGCCGCUUCAGAUUACCGGCAUGUAGUUCCGAAUUGUCAGUCAGCAUUUUCCCUUUUCAGGGGUAUGUGCGAAUUAUCGUUGCCAACGACUAAGUCUUCAAGGACUAAAGGAUCACAUAAAUUUCCGAACCACACGCCACCCUUCGUUCUUUUCUGUUGAAGAGCCGGGACUAGCGAUGACCAGUUGUGGUCGUAAGCAUGCAAAGAUGCGGCGUGUGGCGAGACUAAUACGACGUGCCGAGGUGACUAAUCAAGGGGUGGAGGUGGUCAGGGUUAUUGGUGGUCUCUU